ACUACCCCACGAAAAAAAAACCCCAAAAACAUCGCUUCCGCCGCAGAUCUGAUCCAAAACUUUCACAUUUCUUCACCUCCAUUGCAAAAUCCUUGAAGAAAAACAAAACCUUCUAACAAGUUCACCAUGCUUUACUGCCAAAGACCCACUUCCAAAUUCCUUCUUCUCACCUUUGUCCUACUACUCUCUUCUUCCAUAAACGUCAAUGCCUCUGAUCCCACCAGCUCUGAAGCGGAUUCCGAUGAACUUGAACAGCUUUUAGCCCUGGAUGAACAAGAAGAUCACCUACACCAUGACCAAGAGUCUAUCAGUAGAUUUUCAGAAGCUGAGGUGUUAAGUAAAGCACAAAGGAUAGUUCUUGAACUCAACAGUGAUAUUUCCAAGAGGGUCAUUGAUGAGAACGAGUUUGUUUUGCUUUUGGGGUAUGCUCCUUGGUGUGUGAGGAGUGCUGAACUUAUGCCCCAGUUCGCUGAAGCUGCUACUUCUUUGAAGGAAUUGGGAAGUCCAAUUGUGAUGGCCAAGCUUGAUGCUGAAAGAUACCCCAAGGUGGCUUCUUUGCUUGAUAUUAAAGGAUUUCCUACGCUGCUUUUAUUUGUUAAUGGCACUCCUCAAACUUAUACUGGUGGAUUUUCAGCGGAAGAAAUAGUGAUAUGGGCUAGGAAGAAGACCGGUGUGCCUGUCAUUAGAAUAAGCACAGUGAACGAGGCAGAAUAUUUUCUUAAGAAGUACCAUAUGUUUGUGAUUGGCCAUUUUGAGAAAUUUGGGGGAUCUGAUUAUGAGGCAUUUGUAAAGGCAGCAAUGUCUGACAAUGAAAUCCAGUUUGCUGAAACAAACAACAUUGAGGUUGCAAAAGUUCUCUACCCUGAUAUAAAAGCUACUAAUUUCCUUGGGAUUGUUAAAAGUGAACCGGAAAGAUACACUGCUUAUGGAGGUACCUUUGAGAUGGAUAACAUUUUGCAGUUUCUGGACUACAACAAGUUUCCGUUGGUUACUAAAUUGACUGAACUAAAUUCCGUCAGAGUUUACUCCAGUCCUGUCAAGCUUCAGGUUUAUGUCUUUGCAAAAGCAGAUGAUUUCAAGACUCUUCUUGAGCCUCUUCAAGAAGUUGCAAGAAAGUUCAUAACAAAGUUAAUGUUUAUUUAUAUCGACAUCCUGGAUGAAAACCUUGCAAAGCCCUUCUUGACCUUGUUUGGGCUUGAGGAAUCAAAGAACACUUUGGUGACUGCAUUUGAUAACAAAGGCACCUCGAAGUACUUGUUGCAGUCCGAUCCAACCCAAAGAAACAUUGAAGAGUUUUGCUCGGGGCUUUUGGAUGGUUCUAUCUCAACAUACUUCAAAUCACAGCCAAUACCAGAUAAUAAUAAUGCGAGUGUACUAGCUGUCGUGGGAAAGACAUUUGAUGACUUGGUGUUGAACAGUUCCAAGAAUGUUCUUUUAGAGGUAUAUACACCGUGGUGCAUCAAUUGUGAGACCACAAGCAAGCAGGUUGAGAAAUUGGCUAAGCAUUUUAAAGGUUUGGACAAUCUGGUUUUUGCGAAGAUUGAUGCUUCUGCUAAUGAACAUCCCAAACUUCAGGUCGAUGACUACCCGUCACUCUUUUUGUACAAGGCCGGUGACAAAGACAAUCCGAUCAAACUUUCAACAAAAUCUGGUUCAAAAGAACUAGCAGCCUUCAUUAACAAACAAGUGAGACCCAAAGAUCAAGCGGCCAAGGAUGAAUUAUAGGGAAUAUAUAGCGAAGAAAACCUAAAUACUUUUAUGGCAGCCCUCAAGGCCUCCCAAAAUUAAAGGGAAAAAGGAGCACUAAGUGAGGGUGUUGGAAAGUUGGAUUGUAUUAAUUUGACUAAUUGAUGCGUAUGGAACUUAUUGUUAAGGCAACAA